AUGUUGUCUGAAUAAUUAACAUUUAUAUUUGAUUAGUAAAUUAUUCAAUUAAUAUUUUAGUUUAAAUGAUUUAAUUGAAAAAAUCAAAGAUGAUGCAGCUCUUGAAUUUUUCAAAGAUCUAUUUGAUAAGUUUUGA